AUGGCAAUAAUGACCUUCUUCCUCUUAGGAGCAGCUCAGUGCAUGGAACUCGGCAGAGCAGCAUCGAGUGGUCGACUCGCCGAAAUGCCAGAGGCCUCGGAUCGCGCCGGCCCUCUGAUUGGAAGCUCGGAGGAAGCGAAAAUGUCAAAGUCAUACCGAGAUCCCUUUAAAGAUCGUAGUAGUGUCAAACCAGAGAACCAUAACCUCGAGGCAUCCGUCGGCGACAUUGAUAAAAUGUUCCAAUUGAGACAGGACAGCCUUGAAAAUUUUCAGAAGUCUAUCACAAAGUCAAUGAAAACACGCGACGGUGGUGAAGCCGUCGGGAUUUAUGAUGAUUUCGCUAACGAGCUUCGAUUUAGCGCCGGUGAACUGCAUUCCCUUCGCGAAGACAUUUUUAAAAUCUCUAAGAUUCGGGAUCGCAAAGACAAUAUGAACCUGGUCAUACGUUUGGAGAACAUAUUAGGACAUACACCUCCAGCUAACUUCCCCAUGCGCCAGGGUAUCACGACCAUUGAAAACGAGGCACUGCAAGUACAAGCCCGAGAGCUUGAGGCAAUGAUUUUUCAAACAAUCGAUUUCAUGCAUGACAAAAACUUGAUUAGCCCUGUUGAACGUGGGGCAUUCUUUCAGAGAGAACCAGCAAAACCCCGCUUCGCCCUUCAUAUGAUGAUGGACUCGAAAGGCCAAGAUAGUGAUGUUUAUGUGAGACUUCACACUAAAGGUGGACUUACACCAGCCAACCAGGCCUCAGAGCAUCUCUCAAAGCCAACCACUGCGAACAUGUUCGAGAAGGCUCCUCAUCCAUAUUAUUCACUAGGUCCUGAUGGAAUAACAAAGCAUUCCGUUGACAUUGAUACACAGUUUGAAGGAACACGAAACGACCUCCAAAAACUAUUAAGUCAAAUUCUCCAAUCCAGCAAAGAAGAGAAAUCCGAGCCUGCAAGCUACUAUGGUCAAAUGACCAGGAAAUUUCGAGAGAAUGCCGAGGAACUGAAUUCCAUUCAUGAGAAGAUACUCCAAAGUGCUAGUCAGCUUCAUGGAGAGAACCUAGACCAGCUCAAUCGUUUGAAAACCACAUUGAAUGAACUACCUCUACUCAAAGAUAUUGGCGAUCAAUUCAACAGGAAAGAAAUGAUAAAAUUAAGACAUUAUGCACAAGAACUUCAGGCAUCAAUUUUUCAAACAGUCGACUUCAUGGCUCAGAAAAAAAUGAUCACUCUUGACGAGUUUCAGGGAUUCUUUAGGGAUGAGAAUGCGAUGAAACACUUGGCAAGUCAUCUGGUGCUAAGUAUUGAUCACUGA